ACUGAAGAGGAGCCUCUGAGAUCGGAGUUAAAACCCGGCUAGAGUUUGGGAAUCCACUCAAAUCCUGGAUCCCGUCUCCUACCCGGAUUGCAUGUGUUAAUGCGUCCUCCGAUUGUAUAGCUUAUGCCACAGUGCCGUUUAAUGUUGUCAUACUACACCACUGUUUUUUUUUAAACCAUGAGGUGUGAUGCAGUGACUGUGGCUCAGGUGUCCCAGAGAAAAUGUGGGCAUAAUGGCUGAGCAGACACCAGAAGAGUUUAUCUGGUGUGAGGACUGUGGCCAGUACCAUGACUCCGAGUGUCCAGAGCUGGGACCACUGGUGACCGUCCAGGACUCCUUCGUCCUCAGCAGAGCUCGGUCCUCGCUGCCAAACAGCCUGGAAAUCAGAGAGGCGGCUGAUGGGAUAGAGGGGGUGUUUGUCCAGCGUCGGCUGGUCAAGAGGACCAGGUUUGGCCCCUUUGAGGCUAAGAGGGUCCCCCACCUGGACGAAGAGGGACCGUUUCCUCUGAAGAUCUUCCAGAAGGAUGGCGUGGUGGUGUGUUUCGACUCCUCCAGUGAGGAAGACUGCAACUGGAUGAUGCUGGUUCGACCCGCCACCGACCACAAACACCAGAACCUGACAGCAUACCAGCAGGAUGACGAGGUGUACUUCAACACCUCCCAGGAUGUUCUCCCAGGGACAGAGCUGAGGGUCUGGUAUGGCGCCUUUUACGCCAAGAAGAUGGAGAAGCCCAUGCUGAAACCCCCAGUCCAGCCACCACCACCUGAUCUCAUGUCUCCAUCCACUAAACCAGAGAGCUCAGAGAAAGCUGGAGGACACCUGCCCCUAGUGGUGGAAGAGAAUAACGCAGGCCACUUGCUGAGUCACCUGCAGGAGGCGAAGACUGUCACGGCACUCCCUGACGACCCGCUCGUGCCCCAGGAGGACGGCCUGGUCACCCCUGAAGAUGAGGAUGCACCCACUGUGGCUCAGCCCGCCCCCAAGAGAGGGCAGGGCAGGGGCAGAAGGGCCAAGGGGCGCAGGCCCACUGCCACACCCACUACAAGAAAAAACAAAGAUGUGAAACCUGCAGUGGAGAGCUCAGCUCCAGCAGGAGGAGAGGCUGCAGCAGAGAGCAGCAGCCUGCUGAUUGGCUCAGACGGAGUGGCCGUCCUGAAGAGACACAAGACCCGGGAGCACAAGAGGGUUUACCGCUGCACUCUCUGCAACAAGGUCUUCCAGAACAGCAGCAACCUCAACAGGCACAUCCGAUCACACGGCGAUAAGCUGUUCAAGUGUGAUGAAUGUGACAAGCUGUUCAGCCGCAAGGAGAGCCUGAAGCAGCACAUCUCCUACAAGCACAGCAAAAACGUGCCUGACCUGGAGUACAAGUAUAAAUGCAACAUUUGUGAGAAAUCCUUUCGCCUGGAAAAUGCCUUAAAGUUCCACAACUGCAGGACAGAUGACAAGACCUUCCAGUGCGAUAUCUGCUCGCGGUUCUUCUCCACCAACAGCAACUUGUCCAAGCACAAGAAGAAGCACGGCGAAAAGCUGUACUCCUGCGAGAUCUGCAACAAGAUGUUUUACCGCAAAGACGUCAUGCAGGAGCACCACAGGAGGCACGGUGUGGGUCCAAAGCACAUGAAAAGAGAGGAGCUGGAGGCCAACGGAGAGGAGGGGACCAAGUACAAGAAGGAGCCUUCGCCCUGUCCCAUCUGUGGCAAGGUGUUCUCCUGCAGGAGUAACAUGAACAAGCAUCUGCUGACUCACGGAGAUAAGAAGUACACCUGCGAGAUUUGUGGCCGCAAGUUCUUCCGUGUGGACGUCCUGCGAGAUCACAUUCAUGUUCACUUCAAGGACAUAGCUUUAAUGGACGAGCAGGAGAGGGAGGAGUUCAUCAGGAAGAUCGGCAUCUCAGCGGGCGACAGCGAUGAAACGGAUGACGACGAAGAGGAGUGCGAUCCCGAGCACCACAAGUACAACUGCAAGAAAUGUCAAUUAACUUUUGCCAAAGGCAAAGAGUACCUGAAGCACAUCAUGGAGCAGCAUAAGGAGAGAGGCUACGGCUGCGGGAUCUGUAACCGGCGCUUUGCUCUGAAAGCCACGUACAACGCUCACCUGGUCAUCCACAGAGAGCAGCUGCCAGAUCCCGCCGUGCAGAAGUACAUCCAUCCAUGUGAAAUUUGUGGCCGGAUCUUCAAUAGCAUCGGUAACCUGGAGAGGCACAAGAUCAUCCACACUGGAGUGAAGAGCCACAGCUGCGACCAGUGUGGCAAAUCCUUUGCCAGGAAGGACAUGCUGAAGGAGCACCUCAGGGUUCACGAUGACAUCCGAGACUUCCUGUGUGCAGAGUGUGGGAAAGGCAUGAAGACCAAGCACGCUCUGAGGCACCACAUGAAGCUUCACAAGGGCAUUAAAGAGUACGAGUGUAAGGAGUGUAACCGCAAAUUUGCACAAAAGGUCAACAUGCUGAAACACUACAAGAGGCAUACGGGUAUAAAGGACUUCAUGUGCGAGUUGUGUGGAAAGACGUUCAGUGAGAGGACGACUCUGGAGACGCACAAGCUGAUCCACACAGUGGGAAAGACUUGGACCUGCUCAACGUGCGACAAGAAGUACCUGACGGAGUACAUGCUGCAGAAGCACGUCCACCUGACCCAUGAGAAGGUGGAGGCUCAGGCGUGUCACCUGUGUGGGACCAAGGUAUCAACGCGCGCAUCCAUGAACCGACACAUACGACGCAAACACCCUGAGGUGGUGUCUGUGAGAAUCGAUGAGUUUGAUGAUCUUCAGGAACCUUCGACAAUCGAUGAUUCGUCCAUCAGCAUUGUACAGCCCACUUUGACCCUGGAAAAAGACGGCUUGCCUCAGGAGAGGCCUAGCCGACCGUCCCGGCAGCCCAAGAAGAAACAGAAAGUCUCGACGGAGACAGAUCUCUCCGAAUCCGACGAAUACGUCGACUUCACCGAGCCGAGGCACGAAUCCAUAACAGAGUUCACCUCUGUCAUCGUAGGUGACGAGACGGAGACGAGCUCUGCCGUGCAGAGCAUUCAGCAGGUGGUGGUCCUGGCCGACCCCAGCGCUCCCUCAGCCUCCUCUCCAAACAGCUCAGUGGGGCUGACCAACAUCACCGUCACGCCCAUCACCAGCCACGCCCCAGCCCAGUUCACUAGCCUGCAGCCUGUUGCCGUGGGACACCUAACACCCGGCGACCGGCCCCUCACCCUGGACAACUCCAUCCUCACAGUCACCUUUGACACCGUCAGCGGCUCCGCCAUGCUGCACAACCGGCCCGCCGACCUCGUCCCGGAGACAGUGGGUCCCGGCGGUGGUGCAGCGCCCCAGUCUGUGGCCCACUUCAUCAACCUCACCACCUUCGUCAACCCCAUGCCCCACCAGCUGGAGGCUCCAACUCUGGCCUGGAGGCCUGUCCCGGCCGCAGAGGGCACCCAAGUGACGCCUGUGGUCGAAGGGGCACAGGGGGAGAGCCAGGAGAUGCAGAGCCAGGGCGCCGAGCCGGGCCGGGCCGGACAGCAGAACCAGCCGCCGACCCCCCAGCAGCAGAGCGGCUCAGCACAGCAGAUGUUCAGCUACUAGACCACAGACUGGAGGUGCAGGUCACCUCACUCUUACAGACAUUAGUAGAUAGUAGAGUAGAUUUUAUGAAACUUUAUACAACCUUGAACACUGUCACCCAGAUGCCUAUCCAGUCCUACGGAAGUGAAUGAAAUCACAAGAUUUUUUUUUAUACUGUCAAAACACUUAGCUGUAAAAAAAAAAAAAAAAAAAAAAAAAAAAGAAAUGAAAUGCUUACAAUUUUAAAAAAA